GUUGCUGUAAUCAAGAUUGUCAAAGGGGGCUGGGCUGGGGCCCGAGGAAUAUAGAGCUUUCGAUGAUAUAAAGCUCUAAGGCAAGUCGUUAAGAGAAGCGUGACGCAGUAGACCUGUUCGCUAUUAUAUAUACGUCUUUUUUUUUACAGCGUAGUCAAGAUGGAAAUACCCGAUACUAAACCGUAUAACUUACCGGACAAUGCAGUCUGGCUCAUCACCGGCUGCUCCUCUGGCAUAGGACAAGGCCUCGCCCUAUACAUCGCCACCAAGAAGCCCUCGCAACGCGUAGUAGCCACGGCGCGCAACCCGGCUUCACUCUCCGAUAUCCCAGACGGCCCUAACGUCCUAAAGCUAGCACUAGACGUAACCUCCGUCCCAUCCAUCGACGCCGCCUUCGACACCACCCUCGCACACUUCGGACGCGUGGACAUCGUCGUCAACAACGCAGGGUACAACCUCAUGGGCGACGCCGAAUCCUCCCCCCCGGGCAACGCCGGCGCCCGCGCCCUCCUCGACACGAACUUCUGGGGCGCGGUCGACGUAUCCAAGCGCGCGUUACAAGCGUUCCGGGACGUGAACCCGCAGACGGGCCAGCGCGGGGGCGUCAUCGUGAACAUGUCUUCCCUGGGGGGGUAUCUGGGCAGCGCGGGCAACGCCUUCUACCACGCGAGCAAAUUCGCGCUGGAGGGGUUCGCGGAGAGCAUCGCGAAGGAGGUCUUCCCCGAGUGGAACAUCCACAUCUGCAACGUGGAGCCUGGGGGCGUGCGGACCAAGUACACGACGACCUCGCUGCAGCGGAUGCCGCGGCAUGAGGCCUACGACCGCGCGGGCGGGGGCACGUCCCAGAUGCUGGCGUUUAUGGAUAAUGAGGAGUUGCAUGCUGGGUUUGCGGGGACGGAGGAGGUGGCGGAGAGGAUAUAUGCGGUGGUGGGGACGGGGCGGGGGAUUCCGAUUCGGGUGCCGCUGGGGAGGGAUAGUUGGGAGAUGGUUGCGGCGGAGACGGAGAGGGUGAGGGGGCAGUUGGAGGAGUGGAGGGAGUUUAGUUGUGGGAUGGGGAAUGUGGAUGUGGAGAGUAUGAAGAAGCUUGUGAGGUAGAAGAAGUGUGAUUAGUGUUUGUUAUGUUUAUUAAGACAUGGAUGUUCCGCAAGGGCUUCGUGUUUAGAGCUGAGGAAUCACUAC